UUACAGAUCAAGACCCUGUCUCUCUCUCUCUCUCUCUCUCUCUCUCUCAAGCCAAGCCCCAAGAAUCGAAUCAGAAGUGGAAUAUAGUUCUCCCUCUCCCUCUCUCUCUCUCUCUCUCUCUCUCUCUCUCUCUCAUUCAUUUGGGUGCGUACUUAAAUAGGAUCAAAAGUGGUGCUUUAUUGCCACUCUUUGCUCAUGCCAAUACUAUUUGGGAAAACAGUUUUCUGUAGCUAUUGCUGCUUUUGAGGCCUAUAUCGCCGCCUUCCGAAGCUGCUGCAGAGCUCUUGGAAUUUACUUCUCUCUCUCUCUCUCUCUCUGCCAAAUCUUGGAAUGAAGAAUUUCAACACUCUGUUUUAACCGGGAUCCUCUGCUUCCGAAAGAGAUCUGGGUUUCACGAAGAAGACUCCUCAAGUACAAGAUCUGGGAGUGGGCUUUAGAGGGAAUCGAAGACAAUGAUGGGUCAGAUACAAGCAGAAGAAUCCAUGGUGUACACCAAUAACGAGACCGAAACCAAUGGAAGUCUAGAGCUAGAAAAACAUGGAGGAGACGAAAGGGAAGAAGAUCGUUCCACUUUCGGUGUCAAGAGCUUCCUGUGGCAUGGUGGCUCUGCUUGGGACGCUUGGUUCAGCUGUGCUUCCAAUCAAGUAGCACAGGUGCUGUUAACGUUGCCGUACUCAUUUUCGCAACUGGGAAUGGCAUCAGGAAUUGUGUUUCAGGUAUUCUAUGGACUAAUGGGAAGCUGGACGGCGUACCUCAUCAGUGUCCUCUACAUUGAGUACCGUACCCGGAAGGAGAAAGAGAAUGUCAGCUUCAAGAACCAUGUCAUUCAGUGGUUUGAAGUGCUUGAUGGGUUACUGGGUCCUUACUGGAAAGCAGUGGGUCUAGCCUUCAACUGUACUUUCCUUCUAUUUGGAUCUGUUAUACAGCUCAUUGCUUGCGCAAGUAACAUAUACUACAUAAAUGACAAGCUUGACAAGAGGACAUGGACGUACAUAUUUGGAGCAUGCUGUGCGACCACUGUAUUCGUGCCCUCGUUUCACAACUACCGGAUUUGGUCAUUUCUUGGCCUCGGGAUGACUACCUACACUGCCUGGUACCUCACCAUAGCUGCUGCAAUUCAUGGCCAGGUUCCUAAUGUGCAACACUCAGCUCCAACAAAGGCAGUGCUGUAUUUCACCGGCGCCACCAAUAUUCUGUACACCUUCGGUGGACAUGCUGUCACUGUGGAAAUUAUGCACGCGAUGUGGAAACCCAGGAAAUUCAAGUACAUUUACUUGAUCGCGACGCUCUACGUUUUCACACUGACACUCCCGUCGGCUUCCACCGUGUACUGGGCAUUCGGCGACCAACUAUUGAACCACUCCAAUGCCUUCUCUCUCCUCCCCAGGACCCAUUGGCGUGACGCUGCCGUUAUCCUAAUGCUCAUUCACCAGUUUAUAACAUUCGGGUUCGCAUGUACACCUCUGUACUUCGUGUGGGAAAAGGUGAUUGGAAUGCACGACACAAGAAGCAUUUGCUUGAGGGCGUUGGCGAGGCUUCCGGUGGUGGUACCGAUAUGGUUUCUGGCCAUUAUCUUUCCCUUCUUUGGGCCCAUUAACUCAGCUGUUGGUGCCCUACUUGUCACUUUCACUGUCUACAUCAUCCCUUCUCUUGCCCAUAUGCUCACUUACAGGAAGGCCUCUGCCCGCCAGAACGCAGCAGAGAAGCCUCCUGUUUUCCUGCCCAGCUGGGCGGCCAUGUACGUGGUGAACAUCUUCAUCGUGGUCUGGGUUCUGGUGGUGGGCUUCGGGUUCGGCGGAUGGGCUAGUGUGACCAACUUUGUGAAGCAGGUUGACACAUUCGGGCUCUUUGCCAAGUGCUACCAAUGCAAUCCCCCAUCCCCGACGCCGCCGUCGAAACCCUGAGCCGACCAUCGACUUGCUACAAACUCGACCGAGUUCAAAAUCCAAAACUCAGUACACCCCCCUUCCCCCCUCUCCAUAUUUUGUAUCAUAACAUGGGGAGGUAGCAAACAUUUCCCCUUCCAUGUGAUGUGUGUUGGAUUCCCCUUUUUCUUUUUUCUCUUUGUUUUUUUUUGGGCUUAAUAUUCCAGAUAAUUAAUUAAUAUAAUGUAUUGAUUUGUGGUGA